AUGAUCCAUGGGCCUUGUGGCAACCAGCGACCUCUAUCACCAUGUAUGGAGAAAGGAGAAUGCACGAAGAACUACCCCAAACCAUACUCAAGCCAUACAAAGAUCGACAAAUCAGGUUUUGUUGUUUACAAGAGGCGCGUUAAUAGCAGAGCCUCUGUUUUCAAAGGUGAUAUAGAGUUGGAUAGUCGAUACGUGGUGCCUCAUAACCUCUCUAUCAUCAGAAAAUACAAAGCACACAUCAAUAUUGAGUGGUGCUGCAAGACAGGUGCUAUCAAGUACCUCUUCAAAUACAUAACUAAAGGGGUUGACCGAGCUAUGGCUCUACUUGAGCAUACUGGUAGUCAAGACAGAGCAGAGCUAGAGAAAAAGAAAGAACACCUAGAGAUGGAUGAGAUUGAUAGAUAUCUGGAGUGUCGGUACAUCUCAGCAUGUGAAGCAUCGUGGCGUCUGUUUUCUUUCCACAUUCACCACAACCAGCCUUCUGUUAUGAAACUCACAUUGCAUCUACCAGGCAAGCAUAGGUUGGUUUACGAUCAGGAUAAAAGCUUAGAGGAAGUUCUGUCACAGGAGGAUAUUGAGAAGACAAUGUUGACAGCAUAUUUUGUGGCAAACCAGAGGUAUGAAGAAGCAAGGGAACUCACGUACAUCCAGUUUGCUGAACACUUUGUGUACCACAGUGACAUAAAAACUUGGACACCACGGAAACAAGGGACAGCUAUAGGCAGACUCAUCUAUGUACAUCCAACUGCAGGAGACAAGUACUAUCUCAGAAUCCUUCUCAACGUGGUCAAAGGCGCUUUCGGUUAUGAUGACCUCUACACAGUAGGUGGUACGAAAUUUAAGGAGUUUCGUGAUGCUUGCUAUGCGCGUGGUUUACUAGACGACGAUAAGGAAUGGCAUGAUGCAAUAGUUGAACCCUCACACUAGGCAACAGGUCGCCAACUAAGGAGCUUAUUCGUCCUUUUCUUGCUCUACUGUGAAGUUGGAAACCCACUGAAACUAACCUGGAAGAUUUUGGCUGAAGAUAUUCUAUAUAUGAAACAGAGAGAAUUCAACUUUCCGGGUUUUAUUCUUCAAGAUCAGCAGCUGCAAGAAUAUACAUUGAUAGAGAUCGAGCGGCUCCUCAAAGAGAAUGGCAAAUCUUUAGCUGAUUUCGCUGGAAUGCCUAAGCCAAACCCAAGUGUUCUUAAGGAAAUCUCAAACACUGUUUUGCGCCAAGAGCUGAAUUAUGACACUGAGAAAGAAGCUAUUGAGCAUGAGAGUCUGUUUAGCACCAUGAAUGAAGAUCAAAAAACCGUUUACAGUGCUGUGGUUGACUCCGUUUAGAAACAAUCUGGUCAGUUGUUCUUUGUCUAUGGUGGUGGAGGGACUGGAAAAACUUUCUUAUACAGGACAAUUAUAGCAAAACUGAGAUCAGUUGGUAAGGUUGUCAUCCCUGUUGCAUCAGCAGGCAUUGCAGCUUUACUACUACCAGGAGGUAGAACAGAUCACUCCCGUUUCAAACUUCCUAUAAAUUUAACGGAUCAGACAGUGUGUGAGAUAACGCCUAGCUCUAUGUUAGCGAGUCUUCUUUCAAAGACUGACUUAAUCAUAUGGGACGAGCCCCCUAUGGCUCACCGCCAGGCAUUUGAAACUCUGGAUCGCACACUUAGAGACUUACAAUCUCUACAAGAUCCAUCAGCAGCUAAUAAACCUUUCGGAGGGAAAACGGUUGUCCUUGGUGGUGAUUUUGGGCAAAUUUUGCCGGUUAUACCUCUUGGCUCUAGACAAGACAUAGUUAAAGCCUCGAUCAGCAAGUCAUACCUCUGGCCAUUUGCUGAGGUUUAUACUUUAACCAUCAACAUGAGACUGAGACAAGCUGACAAGGACUUUGCAGAAUGGAUUUUAAAAGUUGGUAAUGGAACUGCACCCACCGUGAGGACAGAAGGAAGAAGUCAUGAGGAUGGCGAGCAGGUUAUAAUAGGAGAUGAAUUCAUGUUACCAAGAUCUGAUCAUCUUCACAAGUCUAUAUCAGAUGCUGCGUACCCAGAUUUUGUUAAGAACUACUUGAACCGGACGUACUUACCAGAGCGAGCUAUCUUGGCUCCAACAAACGCCAGUGCCCAUGAAAUAAACUCAUACCUUCUGUCUAAGGUACCUUCUCUAGAAAGAGAAUUCUUGAGCUCAGACAGUGUUGCUUUUGAGAGUACACCCGAAGAUGACUGGACCAAUAACUACACUCAGGAGUACUUAUACUCACUUGAGUUUCCAGGUUUGCCGCCACAUAAACUGUCUGAAGGUUGGUUCUCCAGUUAUGAUGCUGCGUAACCUGAGCCAGAAAAAUGGGCUAUGCAAUGGAACACAGAUGAUGAUUUCACGUCUGGGACACAGAGUUCUACAGGCUGAGCUUCUAACAGGUACUCAUGUCGGAGAUAGUGUAUUGAUUCCAAGGAUUCAGCUGUCCCCAACCGACACUAUCUAUCCUUUCACGUUUCGAAGAAGACAGUAUCCAAUAAAGCUGUGUUAUGCGAUGACUAUUAAUAAGAGUCAGGGUCAGAGCCUGAAGCAGGUAGCUCUCUAUCUCCCAAGACCUGUUUUCAGUCACGGGCAACUGUAUGUUGCUCUCUCGCGAGUCACAUCACCGGAGGGUCUUAAAAUAGUAGAUGAUACAGAGGGUGCAACUAGAAAAGAUGUUGUGACAAAUAUUGUUCACAAAGAGAUUUUUGGUAAUCUCAAGACACGUAAGUCACAUACUAGCCUUCUCUAAUAAUAAAAGAUCUAUCCAAUUACCAAUAGAUAGCAACCUUAAAUCGACUUUGUUCAUUUCAGGUACCCCAUACCAGAUGUUCAUGUACCCUAAGACAGCAGCACUGUUAGAGAAUCGGUGGAGUUACAAUAGAGAUUUUAUUUUGAUACAAUGUCAACCGCUUUUAGAUGUUUAAGAACAAUGACUGCUCAUACCUUGCUUCAUAAUUCUUUCAUAUGUUAAUGCCCUGCUACUCAGUCAGAAAUGUUCUGCUUCAAGUAGAAUAUAAAAUGAAAAUAUUAAAACAUUCAGAUGCUAAACAAUCCCUUCUAAAUUAAGUUUGUCACAUGAUUCAUUCAGUUAAUGCCUUGUCAAGCACGCAAGGCAACGUUGCUGUAGUAUGUAUUCAGACUUUUCGUUUAGUAAAGCAUUUAAACGCAACGACAAUAAGAGUUAAAAGAAAACUAAGAAAUUUAAAAGAAAAGAACAAAAAAAAAAAAGAAAAACAAAGUAGUAUGAGUACAACAAUACAAAUAAUGGAUUUUACAACCUGAACAAAUUAUUUAAUGGCUUUAUUUACUUUAUAAUAUGUAAAACAACCCGAUAAUAUCAUAAAAUACAACACACUAUAAACAAAAAAAAUUACACACCACUAUUAUUCCUUACUCUAUAGCAUAACUAUAAAAACAAUGCAUUAAUAAAUCAAAUCAAAUCCUCAAUACUUAAGCACCAGUCUAAACCAUCUUCUGCAUCAAAAAAUAGAAAAAAUAUAAAAGAAAACCGUAUUCCAAAUGCAUCAAAAGUUUAGCAUUAAACUCCAACACCCACUAUGUUUUCAUUGCUUAUUCGCUUUAAAAGCAAUUAAAAAAUAAACAAUCGGUUACAGACUUACAGUCAUGGAAUUCAAAAGGCACCAGAAAGAUAUCGUUACACGAUAAAGCUAUCGACGUCUGGACCUAAAAACAAAUAAUCUCUCAAACAUAGCAGCAAUGUCUACUCAAAACAGUUUAUCUCUAAUAGAAUCUCUACCCCAGGAACUCCUUGCUGAAAUUCUUGCCCGGGUUGCUUCAUCUUCCGUUGAAGAUAUAAGCCACUGCUUACAGGGGCGGAUCCAGCCACAUAACUAGUAUGGGGCACACAUCAUAUAAAAUGUUUAAAUCAAGGGAAUUUACAUAAAUUGUAUGUUAACUAUUGAAGGAAAACAAAAUUUUGCGUGGGGCACUUGCCACACCUAUGGCCUUCCUGCGUCCGCCCCUGACUGCUUAACGGUCUCACGCACAAUUUCUUCGGCCGUGCAAGAUGAUCAUGUCAUCAAACGUCUCAACCUACGUCCACAGACAAUGAAUCCCAUGCUAACGUUUCAUCGUUAUCAGCAUCUUAUGGUGAAAGCUAUCAACAGCGACAUUCCAGCUGCUCACUACACUGAAGGUAUCAAGCAGUUCUUCACCUAUGACAACAGGACCAUUUGGUUACUUCACCUAAAGAAAUCAGCUGAAGGUUCCUAUGACAAUGGUGCCUAUCUUUAUAGCAUCCUUAUGUCAUGCAUGGAAACAUUGAAGAAGGUAAAACUAUAUUACGUACCCUUGGGUGGGAGGCAAGCAGACGUCGAACUAAUUGUUGGGGGUGGAUUUACAUCUUCCCUCAAAGUCCAUUUAGACAACAAAAUUAGGCCCAUCUUACCAUGAAACCCUACAUCUCUCUUCUAUAAAUAAGGAACUAUCUCCCUUUGAGAAGGGGUCUUUUUCUCUCCAUUUUACACUUAGAACACUUCUUACAAAGAGUUUAUGGAUUCUUAGAUUUACUUUACACUUGUAUUCAUACUUGUAAUACAAUCUUAGAUCAAUAAACUCUUUUGAUGUUCAUUUUUCAUUUGAUUUCAAUGUUGAUUUCUCUUAAACCUCAAGAAUCUAAGGAAUCUAUUUCUUAAAUUCUUCAUUGUAUGAAUCCGACAAACACACCAUUUUCGGUUUAAACAGUUGGCGCUAGAAGGAGGGGGUCCAAAGAAAAUAUCAUCAAAGCAAAUCAAACUUGGGAGAAAUUCCUAGAUCUGUACUCGUCGGUUUCCAUUCAUUCGAUCUUGGCCUAAAAUAACCUAGGAUGUUUGGGCUCAAAGAAAAAGAGUAAAAGAAGCCCAAAUGAGAUCCAACAAGUUAGAGAAUCACCCGGUCCUCAUGAUUCCCUAAGGCGGAACCCCGACGACGGUGCCGCACACAAACGGUGGCAAUCUGCUCCAAGUCAUCAACCUAAGCGGCGGAGGCAUUAUCGGCGUCUUUUGGUUCGGUAAGAAGAGAACCGAGUUAAGAUUUGGUUCAUACAAGACCCAAAAGUCUCGACUUUUUUCUUUGGAUUUAUUUCUCUCGGUGGAAUGAAACGGGAGGAGUCGGCCGAAACUGUGGAAGAAAGAAGCGAGCGAGACAGGAGACGACGACGUCGAUACCUAGGCUGAGACUCUCCAUGGAUUGCUCGAGUAAAGCUAAAUAGCUGACGUCUGAAGAAGAAGACGAUGUCAGAGCGAUCUCAAGAGAUGAAACUGGUUUGAUUCUCGAGAGAUGAAAGCUGGCCGAGAUCAAGUCUUCAGCUUUGACGACCAAGCCACACACGAACAGAUCUGCUCCAAAUCGUGAAAGCCGAUGGUGAAGAACCUAAACGGCGGAGGAGUAUCUCGCCAUCUUGUCGCACGACGAGGAGCCUUCGGGGAUUCUCAUCAGCUUACGGUCUCAUCCUUCUGCUCAUGAAGAUACUGCAGCGCUGCUUCAGUCUGGGUCCGCCGGUGAAGCUCUCAGGACUGCUCGAGCUUCUUCCAGUCCAUGAAAUACAAUUUUUCGAGAUGCCUAAGAUAGACUGGGUUUGUCGAAGUCAAGCCAGAGCCUUGGAAGGUCAUCGGGAUCUCGUGGCCACAGGAGAAGAUGAUGACAGAGAUCAACGACGUCGGAGCCGCUACUUUCUGCUCCUUGCAAGUUCUCCCAUCCGGUUUGGAUCAAGACUUCGAUGCUCUCAUCUCCUAUGCGUCUUCUUCUCGUCAAAGCUCGAGGCUUGAACUCGCAAAAACCACCUCAUCACAAGCUUGCUGUCUCGGCACGAGCUCCUCUCAACUCUCUCUCGCCCUAUCUCUUCUUUGGAAGAUGUUGCUAGCUCGGUGACGAUCUGGGAAGUGAAGUGAGGUCGUCUCUGUUGAUGUUCGUGGAGAUGUCUGUGAGUAGCUGACCACUUUCUCCACAAAGGAAACAGCUUCACUCUGUUCUUCAGACAGAACCCAUUAACAAGAGACCAUAUUGCCGAAUAAUUCAACACUUGAGCUCACUACCGAGUUCUAUAUGUUUUGGGAGUUAAGUGAAGCACAGUUCACACCAAGAUAAGCUCGGGGACAGCAAGGCUUUGUUACUUGCGAAUAUGCCGCAACCGGCGCAAUCUUCACAAGAACAAAAACGAGAUGGAAAUGGUGAGACGUUGCCGAUAAGGAAGCUCGUGCCCAGUAAUGGAAGAGGCUUUGAUGGAGGAAGACGUGUUCUGGAUUUAGUCUUUUGUGGAGGAUUCCGGUGAAGCCAUCUCUGCAUCAUAAGAAUACAAGACAAAAGAAGUUGUUACAACAAGAACGAGGUCUUGAAAUGAUGUCCACGACAAUUCCUUCACCAAAGAUACAAACCAGCUUCAACUCGUCACGUACAUCCACCUCUUCACGCUAAAGAUAAGCUCUCUUAUUAAAUUACCACAUGCUUUAAUGACUUUUAAAUUACACACAUGUGUUAGACAUUAUAGCUUUGGUUAGUUAUUAAACAACUCUAAGCUGCUCACUCUUAUAACUUUUAUGAGAUGACUCUUGUAAUUGCUUUGCUGUUGGUGGACAAUUAUUAUAUGAUCACAUUCAUUUGAGAGCACUAAGCAAAAACAAGUUCGAUAGCUUGCAUAUUAAUUAUGCAACAGUUGGUUGUUUCUUUUCGCUUAUAUUAAUCAUGAUCAUGCUUUUUGCUGUGAACCAGAGUUGAUUAGAUCACUGAGCCAAAGAGAAUCAACAAGUGACUGCUACUAUCAUGUCCUCAUGCUUCGAAUGGCGAGCGAGCUUGUCGGAAGCGGUACAAGCGGCACCAACGUCAUCAUGGCCUGACGAACACACAAGCCAACAACUUGCUCGGCACACACGAUCUCAGCACGAGACUUCGGGUUGGUAAUAGUUCGGUAAACUUGUAUCCUAGGCACGAGUUUAAAUUGAACUUGCUUGUUACUAGGUACGAAUUUGCAGUCGACUCGUUUAUCGUUAGACACGAGUUUACAAAAACUCGUCUUUGGCUAGGCAUGAGUUUACAAAAACUCUCCUUCUACUAGGCACGAGCUCUCAGUAAACUCGCCUUUGUCUCAGCAUGAGUUUAGUAAACUCGUCUUUCGCUAAGUACGAGCUUAAAGCAAAUUCGCCUUUUAUUAGGCACAAGUUCAAAGUAAACUCGCCUAAAUCGUCAUAGGCAUAAAUUUGUCCAAUUGAUUGUCUAAUAAACUCUAUUCGUAAAAUUCAUAGAGAUCGACUUCAUAUCUCUCUACGAACUUAGGUGGGGGGGGCUUACUGUUGGGGGUGAAUUUACAUCUUCCCUCAAGGUCCAUCAGACAACAAAAUUAGACUCAUCUUACCAUGAAACCCUACAUCUCUCUUCUAUAAAUAAGGAACUAUCUCCUUAUGAGAAGGGGUUUUUUUCUUUCCAUUUUACACUUGGAACACUUCUUACAAAAAGUUUAUGGAUUCUUAGAUUUACUUUACACUUGUAUUCAUACUUGUAAUACAAUCUUAAAUCAAUAAACUCUUUUGAUGUUCAUUUUUCAUUUGAUUUCAAUGUUGAUUUCUCUUAAACCUCAAGAAUCUAAGGAAUCUAUUUCUUAAAUUCUUCAUUGUAUGAAUCCGACAAACACACCAUUUUCGGUUCAAACACUAAUCGUGCCUGGAGAGAAGUGAAGAGAUCAAUGAGGUUUGUUUUUGUCAUUGUGAAGCCUGAGCAACUUUGAAGAACAACCAGCCACUGCUCAACUGCCACAAGAACGACAAGGACAACAUCUGUCCAAGCUGUUUCCACUACAAGAUGAUGCGGAAAUUCAUCGGAUUCGUUAGGCAAAAUAUCUAAGAAGGACUAAAUCAGAAUCAAGUGUGUAAAGCAGCUACGGGCGAACCACUAUCAACGUUGCGCACAUGCGAGACUGGACUUAGUUCGUUUUAGACAUUUCCAUUUCUUUUCCAGCUUUUGAUUACAUUUCGAAUUAUGUUAAGUUUUUUUUUAAAAUAAACCACUUUCUCAUUUUACGAUACUCGGAACUAAUAUUAAAAGCCACACCAACACAAAUAUCCCAUACGCUAAAUCGAUGUUAAAAAAAAAAAGAAAAAAAAAUCCCAAACGUUAAACCAGCAAAAACCAGCACAAAAACCAAAUCGAUUCAAUAAAAUGCUAAACUUAACCAUCACAAAUCAGCCCAUGCAAAGCUCAAAAGACUCAGUCAAACCAAGCUAUUUAAAAUUCCUAGAGGACGAUAGCUAGAGAUCGUACUGGUCGGGAGCGAGAGGAAAUCGGAUGGGAACCAUCCCCACUAAACAAAUAUUGAUGAUAAUGAACGAAACCCUAGCUCCGGCGAAUAUUCUCAGAUCGGUCUUCUUCUUCUCCUUCUCCACACCGAUGAUAUGACUGCAAUUGGAAAAAAAAAUUGCUUUGUUUGUCACAUACGUUCGACGACGUCGUCCACAAAUGGUAAGUCACAAAUAUUCUCCACCAUUCCUUUUGGGCUCAAUACAGGCUACUAAUGAUACAACCUCGACCCAAAUAAAAUACGAAAUUUAGUUGUGUAUUUCUAUACAAUCUCAAAAGAAAUAAAUAUGUAAGUAUGGUACGCUUAAAAUAUGUUGUUACUGAUGUGUAACCAAAUUGACUUUCCUAAAUAAUAUUACAAAACGAUCAAUCAUACAUAAAACGUCCUAAUUAUAUAAUGCAUCAAAUUAGGGAUUCCCCGUAAUCAUUACAUUAACUCGACGAAUAUUUCAUCAAAUCAACUCAAUUUACCCGAGAAAAAAUUCAAAAAAUCACACAUAAUAACUCUACAAAGAUCUAAAACCCUAGCCUACUUUAGCUAUAAAAGAUCAAUCAACGCAACCACAAAUUCAUAGAAAACCAAAAAAACUUCUCAAGUUUUCCGAUGGCAAAAAAAAGAUCUCUCUCAAAGCUUGAAUUAAUGCCAAUUUUCAUCCAGAUACAAAUAAUUCUCUUUCUAGCAAAAGACUCAAUCGAAGCAUUCCACAAUGUCCUCACAGCAUUCCCUGGUCUUGGCACAGCUGCGAAAAGCCCCUUGGUCUUAAAACACCUUAAUCUCCAAUUUCUUACCGUGCAAUCAUUGUCAUCGCUUAACAUGUACCAAAAUCUGAUGAACCUUUGCGUUUCUGCCGGUAACUUGGAGGCGCAUUACUUACGUGGAAUGCAAGAAUAUUUUCAAAAAGAGAACAUAGCUGAUGGGUUGGCACAUCUCCAGAUCACAGCCCAAGGUUUGUAUGAUAAUGCUAUUUACCUUUAUGGUAUAAUAAUGUUAUCUAGAGGAGAUCCGGCAAUCGGAAAACCACUAUUGGAUUGGAUGGAGAGAAAACAAAGCACGAUCCGACGCUUGCUGGCAAAGCAUCAAAACAUCUAUCCAUGGAGUAAGAGUCAAAAGGUUUGAGAUUUGCAUCACAACUUAUAAGGCCACAAGCCCUACAAUAAAUUGUCACAGAAACAACAUUGCUAUCCGAUGUGAGACAUGUUAUUAUUUUAAGCAAAUGAAAACAAUUGUUUUUCAUUAGAUAAACAAAUAAUGUAACUGCUGCAUACCCUAUAUCGACUCCAAUAUUAUAGUUUUAAUAAAGUGUCCCUUACUAAAACAUCGUUUCCUUAUGCGAACGGAUCAAUGAUACAGAUUUCUACAUUUAUUUUCAUCUUAACUUUGUAGCUCUAUGCUCACGAGCUGAAAGGAACUCUGAAGCAAACACUGGGUAUCCACAAAGAAGGAGGAAUGGGCAUGUACCUCGGACUCCAAGAAAAGAUAUGUGGCUCUAAGCGACAAGUCUUUGCCUUCGUACGAGAUCGACUAAAUGAACGGAUUAACUCUUGGUCAGCAAAAUUCCUCUCCAAAGGAGGGAAAGAAGUCCUUUUGAAAUCUGUAGCUCAAGCGUUGCCUACGUAUGUGAUGUCAUGUUUCAUCCUACCCAAAGAUAUCAUCAAGAAACUACAAGGAGCAAUAGCAAAAUUUUGGUGGAGUACAAAAGCAAAUAACCGCGGGUUACAUUGGAUAGCUUGGGAAAAAAUCUGCAAACCAUAUGACCAGGGUGGCCUAGGCUUCAGAGACUUGAGCGACUUUAAUCUGGCUUUACUGACCAAGCAGUUAUGGAGAUUGCUACAACAUCCCACAUGGUGCGGCCCUGGAUAGGCUGUCUAGUCCCUGAAUCACUUGAAGGGGCGUGGGUGAAAGGAUCAAGAGAUUGUAGGUUUCUUGGAUGGCGGAUGGACUUCACCUUCGAGCUAUGGAUUGCUCAGAGGUUGUUUAAGCUACUCCUGAGACACAUGGGCGUCCUGCUUGAUGUCUAGGAUGGAUCACAGAAGAUUAACUCUCCCUUAGUGUGAUAUAAACGUUCACCACUUGUGAACAAAGGAGACAGUGUCGUCUCAAGACUGGUUUGCACCAAAAAGAAGUUUAUUGAUAAAAAGAAUGAUUGAAAGUUACAUGGACGUGGUGCUGCUGUUUAAAAGCAUAAAACAUAAAACCCUAAGCCUAAACCAAUGUGGUUUAGGAAAACCAAAACCAAAUCCUAUUGCUAAUUGAUUUAAAACACCAAACCGACUCUUAAUGGGUUUAUAAAGCCCAAAACCUCUUCCUAAUGAGUUUACAUAAAUAAUAAAACCAAAUACACUUAAAAUAGACCAUAAUGGUCGUGCAUAAUCAUAUUGGGCCAAUCAUAAACCAAGCUGGCUUGUCCUUCCACUUUUUGGGCCGAUAAAGGCCUUUUUCGAACAACUCUUUCUUGGGCUCGAUCCAUCUUGUUCCAGGUCCGACCAAGCUGCUCCUUAUGCUCAUUUGGAUGAUAAAGGUCCUCAUCAUGUUCCAGUUCCUGCUCUGGUUCUCAAUCUUCCAUUUCCAACUCAAUUCUCGCAUAUGUCGGUUUGACCAGUCCAUUUCUCGAUCAGACUGAAUCUCCCAUUCCAUUUCCUGUCUAACCAGCUUCAUCCUAUCCAUUUCCUUGUCAAUCAGGGUUGUCACAGGUCGUCCAUGAUUGUUUAAAGUCAGUCCAAGCUUUAUAAAGGCCACAUCAAGGCCCAUAGCCUCCAGUACCUCAUGGAUCAAGCCUUUUAGCUUUCCAUAAAGCUCAUCAGGUCGUGUCAAGAUCCAUUUCCUAGCUCCUUCUCUCCUUGACUUCAUGUUCUUUAGUAUAGAGCUGAUCAGGGUCACACCACCACAUCUCUCCUUGCAAGAGUUUUAAAGAGCAGAUACUAUCGACAUACGAACCCUAUGGAGGUGAAAACCUCUAACUCCCCAUCUUUUGGGUGGAAAAGUAUCAUGGCAGCCAAAGACCUCCUAUCAGAAGGCUUAAGAAGAAGGAUUGGAUCAGGAUAUAAUACUCGAGUAUGGUCGGAAAAUUGGAUUCCGACGAUCCCACCACGACAACCCAAGGACAAUGGCAGCCAUCGAGAUCACGACCUGUUCGUCAACCAGCUGAUUGAUCAAUCCUCGAAGACGUGGAAGCUGGAUAACCUUCUUUCCCUGUUCGAUCCUGGGGAUAUCCCGUUAAUACGGAGCUUACGACCCAGCCAUAACUUCAGUGAUGAUGGAUUUUGCUGGAUCUAUACGAAAUCAGGGGCUUAUACAGUAAAAUCAGGGUACAAACUUGCAGGCCAAAUAAAGGAAAGGAAGAGAGGAGGUACGAGGCCAGGAACCUAGUCUGAACGGUCUAAAAGAACAUUUUUGGCUUCUAAAAGCACCUAGGUAGAUCCAGCACUUCCUAUGGCAGGCUAUCUCGGAUAGUAUCGCAGCAUCUAGCUGACUAGUGGACCGACAUUGUGGCCAAGAUCGCGCAUGCCUGAGAUGUGGUAACGAGAACGAAACAGUAAACCACAUUUUGUUUACCUGCCCCCCAGCAUUACAAACUUGGGCCUUAUCGUCGAUUCCAUCAGCUCCGGGACUGUUCCCGAGUAACUCCUUAUAUGAGAAUUUCGAUUAUCUCCUCUGUCGAGCAAAACGGAAUGGAGCGACCAAUACGAUGCUUGCGUGCUUCCCAUGGAUCGCCUGGUUUAUAUGGAAAGCAAGAAACGAGAAAGUCUUUAAUGGGAAAGACAUUCUACCGCCAGAUACGGUGAAUCACUCAAUGUAAGAAGCCGACGAAUGGAAAGUGGCACAAGUGAUACAACAGAUAGCGCCAACGACGGAGACCUCGGAAGCUAGAGGAGACGACCAGAGCAAGCCAUGCUUACCAAGAUGCCAAGUGGACGCAUCCUGGAUGGCAAACUCCGACGUCUUUGGAGGUGGUUUGGUGAUGGAGACAGAGCCGGAGAAACACUUAUACGGCUCGACCGGGAAGGAGCAGGUCCUCUCCCCCCUGCAUGCGGAGUUCUCGUCCCUCUUAUGUGCAAUGAUGUACUCCUUGCAUCUGGGAUUCAUGUCAAUGAAUUUUGAAUCAGACUGCCUCCAAAUGGUUAAUCUGAUCAACGAUGAAGAAGAAUGGCCAUCUCUGGUCUCGGAAUGGAAUGAAUUCGUUCAUUUACGCUCCUAUUUUACUGGUUUUUCACUUUCUUAUAUUUCUCGAAAAUCAAAUGUAAGAGCCGAUCUCCUUGCAAAGGGGUUCGUGCUCAGAACCGAAACUUUUCCCAUGUAAACGCUCUGAAACCGGUAUGGUUGGCUCCAAAGGCUAACUUGUUUGGAUCAUCUUAAUAAAAUCAUGGAGUUUGCUGUCAAAAAAAAAAAAACUUUGUAACUCUAUGCUUUGUCUCCACCUUUAUUUUGCAUUUCCAUCUAAUCCCACAACUUUUUACAACAAUAACUUAUCUAUUUUGAGAUUUCCGAAUAGAUAAAAUAAAAAAAAAAACCAAAAAAACAAUGAGAUAAAUUCCAACAUACAAACUUAUGUAACACCCGUCUCAUCCUCUCCCGGGAACGGUGUGCUACUAACCGAAAAAUACCAAAUUAAACCGAUUUAUAAAACCGAAUAAAAUGUCAAACCUUUUAAUCAAAUAAUUUUCAAAUAAAACAAGUUUAUAAUUUAAAACCAAAUACAUUAAAUCAAAAAGUUAAUUAAAACCGAAAUAAAAUACAACGAUCCCAAGACACCAAUCCGUCCACAUAUCCAACUACUCGUCAUGUUCACCUGCAAGGAGAAGAAAGAGGGGUGAGUAACAGGGGAGUUACUCCGUGACGUAUGAGAUGCUAAACCGCAAACCACUGACUCAGUACAUAGCACUACAACUAUGUACGCAUAGCUAUAGCAUGAAACAAACACAAUGUCUAAUACACCACAUAAAACAUCCAGUGCGCUGAUAGUACAUGCUACUCUAUGCACCCUGCAUUUCCUCAUAAGGAUAUAUGUAUAUCUCCAGGCGUACAAUACUCCAUCUCUGUACUUCCAGAAUCUUCGCGUCGGCGACUGACACAAACAUCUUUGUACCCCCGCAAUCUCACUGCUCGUCGGCGGCUUACACAAACGUCUUUGUGCACCCGCAAUCACACUGCUCGUCGGCGGCUUACACAAACGUCUUUGUGCACCCGCAAUCCACACAAACAGACUUAUGUAUUUAUAUACAUAUAUAUAUAUAGCAGUUUUAACAUCACUCAACUCAUUCAACCGUUGAAUCCUCUAUUAUCCUAUUUCUGGUUUAACAAUCAAUAAUAAUAAUAAAUAAACAAGACUCUCAAACAGACUCGAUUCACAUAGACGGAUCAUGGUUUGAAACUAGACUUUCCAUAAUAGUAGUACUAAACUAGCUCGAGAUUUAACGGAAUAGCCCUCACCUUAGCCAAUUAUGUAGAACCAAAACCAAAUCCGACAAUAAACGGAAUGACUUGAUCAGCAAGAAAGCUAGGGUUUCGCCCUGGAUCUCGACUGCUCACCAAAGGUACACCAGAUCGAAAAAGAACAUAUAAGAACAAGAGACAUGAUUAAAAUAUAAUAGAUCUAGGGUUUAAUUAUGAAACUUGCUACACAAGCAAUUAAUUAUAACACAUUAAAACCUUUUUGUUCACGUUCUCCAAAUCACAUUGGAUAUGUGACGUCAACGGAUCAGCGUCUAUGGUUCUCAGACAGCACGGCUCACAUCCCGUAACCAAGAGAUCAAGUGUUGUGUGUUGAUGGUCGGUGGUGGCGGUGACACUAUACGGCUCCGGUUACAAUUGACUCCUCUCCACGUCUUAUGGCACUAUGCACUUUCCGGCAACAUGACUACAUCUCUGGUGGUGAUGACAUGGUUCUCCGGUUACAGUGGCUGACAUGGAUAGAUGGAGAGAAAGCAUACAUGAGAGCUAAGGAAGAGAAUGAUAUCGUCGAUGGUUCUUUGCGGCUAGGUUAGAUCGAAGAAGAUGCACACAUUUUAUAUAUACACGUAUGCGGUUUGGUUAAACCAAAAAGGAAUAUAACUGGUUUGGUCCAAAUUAAUUAAAGAGAAAAAUCAAGCCUGAUCCGGUUAAGAGAACUGGGUCGUUACAAUUCUUCCCCACUUAACCAGAAUUCGUCCCGAAUUUCAAUAUGGAACCCGAGAAAAACUUCAACGGCUACGAAAGAAUUAAUAACAAGAGAUAAAAACAUACAAUGGAAACGAAUUGAACUUCGCCUUCUCCUGCGAACAUAAAAGAGUUAGAUAAGCUAAUAACUACCCGAGUGAUACUAAAGAAGGGUGUCAUCUUUUUUUAUUUUUUAUUUUUGAAAUUUUUCUUAUCCCCGUAAAUAUUAAAAUUUACUGAAAUCCGAGUCCCAUUAAUCGCCGUCCCGGGUCAGAGCCGGGACGGAACCCCGCUCUGAUACCAAAAUGUAACACCCGUCUCAUCCUCUCUCGGGAACGGUGUGGUACUAACCGAAAAAUACCAAAUUAAACUGAUUUAUAAAACCGAAUAAAAUGUCAAACCUUUUAAUCAAAUAAUUUCCAAAUAAAACAAGUUUAUAAUUUAAAACCAAAUACAUUAAAUCGAAAAGUUAAUUAAAACCGAAAUAAAAUACAACGAUCCCAAGACACCAAUCCGUCCACAUAUCCAACUACACGUCAUGUUCACUUGCAAGGAGAAGAAAGAGGGGUGAGUAACAGGGGAGUUACUCCGUGAGGUAUGGGAUGCUAAACCGCAAACCACUGACUCAGUACAUAGCACUACGACUAUGUAGGCAUAGUUCUAGCAUGAAACAAACACAAUGUCUAAUACACCACAUAAAACAUCCAGUGCGCUGAUAGUACAUGCUACUCUGUGCACCCCGCAUUUCCUCAUAAGGAUAUAUGUAUAUCUCCAGGCGUACAAUAGUCCAUCUCUGUACUCCCAGAAUCUGCGCGUCGGCGACUGACACAAACGUCUUUGUAUCCCCGCAAUCUCAUUGCUCGUUGGCGGCUUAAACAAACGUCUUUGUGCACCCGCAAUCACACUGCUCGUCGGCGUCUUACACAAACGUCUUUGUGCACCCGCAAUCACACUGCUCGUCGUCGGCUUACACAAACGUCUUUGUGCACCCGCAAUCCACACAAAUGGACUUAUAUAUUUAUAUACAUAUAUAUAUAUAUAUAGCAGUUCUAACAUCACUCAACUCAUUCAACCGUUGAAUCCUCUAUUAUCCUAUUUCCGGCUUAACAAGCAAUAAUAAUAAUAAACAAACAAGACUCUCAAACAGACUCGGUUCACGUAGACGGAUCAAGUUUCGAAACUAAACUUUCCAUAAUAGUAGUACUAAACUAGCUCGAGAUUUAACGGAAUAGCCCUCACCUUAGCCAAUUAGGUAGAACCAGAACCAAAUCCGACAAUAAACGAAAUGACUUGAUCAGCAAGAAAGCUAGGGUUUCGCCAUGGAUCUCGACUUCUCACCAAGGGUACACCAGAUCGAAAAAGAACAUAUAAGAACAAGAGACAUGAUUAAAAUAUAAUAGAUCUAGAGUUUAAUUAUGAAACUUGCUACACAAGCAAUUAAUUAUAACACAUUAAAACCUUUUUGUUCACGUUCUCCAAAUCGCAUUGGAUAUGUGACGUCAACGGAUCAGCGUCUAUGGUUCUCAGACAGCACGGCUCACAUCCCAUAACCAAGAGAUCAAGUGUUGUGUGUUGAUGGUGGUGGCGGUGACACUAUACGGCUCCGGUUACAAUUGACUCCUCUCCACGUCUUAUGGCACUAUGCCAUUUCCGGCAACAUGACUACAUCUCUGGUGUUGAUGACAUGGUUCUCCGGUGACAGUGGCUGACUUGGGUAGAUGGAGAGAAAGCAUACAUGAGAGCUAAGGAAGAGAAUGAUAUCGUCGAUGGUUCUUUGCGGCUAGGUUAGAUCGAAGAAGAUGCACACGUUUUAUAUAUACAUGUAUGCGGUUUGGUUAAACCAAAAAGGAAUAUAACUGGUUUGGUCCAAAUUAAUUAAGAGAAAAAUCAAGCCUGAUCCGGUUAAGAGAACCGGGUCGUUACAACUUAUUCCUGAUCCGGUUAAGAGAACCGGGUCGUUACAACUUAUCUAUAGCCUAAGCACAUCAUACAAACUUAUCUCAUGUUCACCUUACAACUCUAUUAAUUCCAUAGCAAAAUAUAAAUUACAACAAUCAUAUUCAUAAGUAAUAGUUGUGGAUUAAAAAAAAAUAUAUAUUAACCAUUGUUAAUAACUCCAUUCAAAAUACAUGUAACGUCAAAAUCCAGAGCCGUGCUUCAAGUGUAUCCAAAAAGGCUUUCGCCUAGGGCCCCCAAAAUAUAUAGUUUUUUUAGGGCCCCAAAUUUCCAAAAAUUAUUAGUAGUAUAUUGGUUUAAGUUUGCCAUUUAUUAUUCAAUACAAGUUCAAUUAUCUACAUUGCUUUUUUAAAAAAUGAGUAUUUUAUUUUAUUGUCAAUUUUCCAAAUUGAAAAAAGGAAUAUAUGUUUUAUAUGUCAAACUCCUAAAUAAAAAGGAAAAAGUGCAGUUA